GAACUACUUCUUCCGGUGUGUAUCUGCUGAACGCCGCGUUAUAUCGCCGCGAAAGCAGCUUGUCUGUCAGAUAGUGACCAGGUGACGGCGGCGCACGGAGGCCCCGGUCUGCAGGAGCCGGCUGGAGCGAAGAUGCUGCGUAGGAAACCGACUCGAUUGGAGCUGAAGAUCGACGACACCGAGGAAUUCGAGAGCGUUAAAAAGGAGCUGGAGGCCAGGAAACAACAGAGAGAGGAAGCGGGGCCAGGAGCUGGAGUGAGCGGGGCUUCUGUCAUUGGUGUUGAUGUGAUUGGGGGCGGAGCCUCUGCGUCCUCCACAGCUGCUUCCAGGGCGGAGCUUAUCAACGAGCGAAUUGGCUACAAGCCUCACCCCAAACCGGCGACGCUCCCGACCUUAUUUGGAAGUUUACAAUUUUAAUAGUUUGGACAGAUUGAAGAGGCUGUUGGUUUAUUGGUUUAUUUGCAGAUAAAUUUAGUCAAUAGGAAUCCAGCAGCUUUUAGUUCACUGCAGUAAAAUAGACCAUUCAGAACAGCGCUGUCGACACCUGCAACAUCAUCCAGGAAGUGCGACAACCCGGACUGCUGCUGCAUCCCAGAAUUCAUCGCUGCAUGUGACAUUUUCAGUUAAAUGGCAAAAUUAUGGCAAUGUUUUUGUUUUCUUUCUAGAAAAUUCUAAUAGUUCAGUAAGGCACACAUUAUUGAAAAGGUUUGAGCAGAAAGAAGAAGAAAUAAGAGAUAAAUCACAAACCGAGGAAAGUAAAUUCUUGCAAAUGCAAGAGGAAUUUCAAAUCUUAAAUUAAACUUUCAACAUCUUAGAAAGAUUGGGAUUUUAUGGUGGAACUCAAAUUAUUUCACUUUAAAAAUGGAGGAAUCUUUAAAAAGUAGUUUUUGUGGAUAAAAAUGUAGCCAGAGUAUUAAAUCGUUAAUAUUAUAAUUUAACGUGUCAUUCCGUUAGACGAAAUUUUAUAAUAUUAAAACAUAAAGAUGGAAUAGAUUUCUCAUGCAAUAUCAACUUCUGAAAAUCUUUCUAAAAAUAUUCAUGAUGUUGCAAUUAAGUCUUUCAGUCACAAAUAUCUGAAUUUUUAUGUUCUUGUCAGAAAGUUGCUACAAGGACAAACUUCAUAUAUAAUUUAGAUUUUUUUUUGUGGAAGUGGAAUAGAACUCUAUUUGGUUCUUAUUUUGUUUUGAGACACUGUGACUUUCAGACAAAAAGUGACAGUUUCUCAUGAAGCUGACAAUGUUUCAACAUCCAAUUUAACAGCAAUUCCUCCUGCUAUAAUUCAGCUAAUUAAAGAUGUUACAUUUUAAUCUGUAUUUUGACAGACCAUCACAAUAAAAAUCUGCCUUCUUGGAAAUGCAGUUGUUCACUGAGAAAAAAACAGCUUUCUAGAGUAUCGAAAUACUCUGUUUCUCUGAACAUGUGAUUACAUCGAAUUUUACUCUGAACUCAACCAGUCACAGCAAAAUGUCUGAACCAGGGGUGUCAACAUCCAACGUCCUGCAACUUUUAGAUGUGCCUCUGCUGCACCUGAAUAGAAUAAUAGGUCAUUAGCAAGACUCUGGAGAACAAGGAGGAGGUAAUUAAGCCAUUUCAUUCUUGUGUUUUGUACCUGUGGCACAUCGAAAAACUGCAGGACACCUUGAGGACUGAAGUUUGACACCCAUGAUUUAAACAGCCAAAUAUCCCCAGGGGGCCUGUUGCGAGAAGCCUUCUUGGGGGCGUGGCCUGUUGCAAGAAG